CAAACGGAGCUGCCCCCGUGCCGUGCCGGGGCUCACCGGGGCACCCUGUCACGCCACCCUGGGGUGCGGGGCUGGGGUCCGGGGUUGGGGUGGGAUGGACGGGGGCUGGAAGCGGUUCCCUUGGUAACGGCGGGUCCCAGUUUCCACCAAUCGAUGGUGGCGGUGCGGGUGCGCGGGCUGGGAGGGCUCGUGGCCUACAUAAGCGCCAGGCGGACAGCGUGCGCCCGUGCCGCACCGAGACCCGGCAGAUGCGCUUGCGAAGCCAUGGCCAGGCUGACGGGCGCCCAGCCCGUGGCCGCCCGCCACUGGGGCUGCACUGCUGCUGCCUUCCUCCUCCUCCUCCUCCUCACUGUGCAAGCCGCCCAGAAGGCCGACCUUAGCGGUGACGCCACAGCAGCCACCAUCAACCACUCGCUGACGCUGCUGCAGCGGCUGCAGGAGCUGCUGCAGAACGGCAACGGCAGCGACUCGGUGCUGCGGGUGCGCACGGCCGCCUCCGACGAGGCCAAGGUCUUCCACACCCACCAGCUGCUGCUCAGCCUCCAGAGCGAGGUCUUCGAGAGCCUUCUGCACAACCAGAGCGUCAUCACCCUGCACGAGCCACCCGAGACUGCCGCGCUCUUUGAGAAGUUUAUCAGGUACCUGUACUGUGGGGGGGUCUCCAUCCUGCUGCACCAAGCCAUCCCCAUGCACCAGCUGGCCAGCAAGUACCGGGUCUGGGGGCUGCAGCGCGGCGUGGCCGACUACAUGAAGACCCACCUGGCCAGCGAGUCGAGCCAGGGCCACGUGGUGGGCUGGUACCACUACGCCGUGCGCAUCGGGGACGCGGCGCUGCAGGAGAGCUGCCUCCAGUUCCUGGCCUGGAACCUCUCGGCCGUGCUGGGCAGCGCCGAGUGGGGCUCGGUGAGCGUGGAGCUGCUGCUGCUGCUGCUGGAGCGCUCCGACCUGGUGCUGCACAGCGAGCUGGAGCUCUACACCGCCGUGGAGGGCUGGCUGAGCCGCCGGCAGCCCGAGGGUCCCGUGGCUGAACGGGUGCUGCGUGCCAUCCGCUACCCCAUGAUCGCGCCCAGCCAGCUCUUCCGGCUGCAGGCGCAGUCGGCGGUGCUGGCGCGGCACUACGGUGCGGUGCAGGACCUGCUCUUCCAGGCUUUCCAGUUCCACGCUGCCUCUCCCCUCCAUUUCGCCAAGUAUUUCGACGUCAACUGCAGCAUGUUCCUACCCCGCAACUACCUCUCGUCCAGCUGGGGCUCCCAGUGGGUCAUCAACAACCCGGCGCGGGACGAUCGCAGCACCAGCUUCCAGACCCAGCUGGGUCCCAGCAGCCACGACGCCGGUAAGCGGGUGACCUGGAACGUCCUCUUCUCACCACGCUGGCUGCCCAUCAGCCUGCGCCCCGUCUACUCGGACUCGGUCUCGGGUGCCGUCCAGCCGGCACGCAUCGAGGACGGCCGCCCCCGGCUCGUCAUCACCCCGGCCACGAGCAGCCCUGACUUUGCCGGCGUCAGCUUCCAGAAGACGGUGCUGGUGGGUGUGCGGCAGCAGGGCCGUGUCUUGGUGAAGCACGCCUACAGCUUCCACCAGAGCUCGGACGAGGCGGCCGACUUCCUCGCGCAUGCCGACCUGCAGAAGCGCACCUCCGAGUACCUCAUCGACAACUCCCUGCACCUCCACAUCAUCAUCAAACCCGUCUACCACUCCCUCAUCAAGGCGAAGAAGUGACGAGGCAGAGCCGGGUCCCGCAGCCGGAUUGGUGCCAGCCCCGCAGCGGGGGGCUUGUUCUUGGUCCUCCUGCUUGUAGGUAGAUGGAGGUCCCCGUACUGGGGGGCCCUGGGGCUGCUCUCUGCCGCCCGCCCCUCCUUGAUUGUCCCCCUGCCACGUCCCGUCCCCAUCACCGUCCUGGGUGCCUGUGGGGACAGGGGACACCGGGAUCCCCCCCGCCCCAUGUGGGUGGUGCAGGAGGCGAAAUGUGCAGCCCACGGCCACGGGCACAUCCUGGGCUCACGAACCCCCACGGGUGAGAGGAUGGGGCCAGGGACAGCCCGGCCUCCUGUGAUGCCACCCCUGCGGCACCGGCGUCCGUCUGUGCCGGGCAGCGAGGCUGCGGCGCUGAGUCCGGCUGCCAACACAGGGACCCCGGCAGCAGCACCCCUGGCUCGGCGGUGAGCUGGGUGCGUGCCCGGGCUGGGCUGGGUGGUCUGUCUGCCUCCCCCAGCAGAGGAAGCCUGGGGGGCACCGUCCCUGCUCACGGCCAGCAGCUGCCCCCUCCCUGCCCGGACACCCCCCAUCCCUUCCUAAUAAAAGCAGAAAACGAG